AAAUACUACACUCGCCUGCUCGCCAAUGGCGAUUGGAAAUUAUGGUGGGGGCGAGUGGGUCCCCCAGGGCCAUCUCGCUGAGCAGACUCGGAGCUCAGGCCGGAUCUGUCAUUGGCACUGGGAGCGGUCAGACUGCUCAAUAGCUGAGCGCAGUGAAAGCAAAGGAAGGAGUGUGUGCUGUGCUCUCUGCCUCCCCCUAGAGUGCAGUACCCGGCUCUGUGAGUGAACAACGAAGUACUGCAACUUAACAGCGUGCGUGCAUGUGUGUACAUGUUUGUGUGUGUCUGUGUAUGCAUGUACAUGUGUCUGCGUGUAUGUACAUGUGUGCUUGUAUGUGCCUGUGUGUGUAUACAUGUGUCUGUAUGUGUAUGUACAUGUACAUGUCUGUGUGU